UUGACAACCUGGGGACACCAUUAACCACCCGCCCGCCCUCGGCAUCUCGGGGGAGGAGAUGACAGCGCUGCAGCUUACACUGCAUUGUCGGAAACCCGAAUUUGGGGAGUUUCCUCAGAUCCAGGACUAGCUGGAGAAAUCAAAGAUAUUAAAAUUACUGUUGUCUGGAAAGCUGGAGGAAAUUCAAAAUAAGUAAGGCAGUUUCGAGUGUUAGAAAUAAUCCCUACAGCAUGUAGUUUAUGGACCCUGAAAAUUUUAGCCGGCAUCGUGCUACUGCACGUUUCAAUUACUUUUUCAAACAAAAGUUUUCUCUUUAAGUGGUUUUACUUUGGUAUGAAUUUUAAAGACAAAGUGAGAAAUUUUCUUUUUUGGAAUCCUACAAAACAUUGACAUCUAGAGCUCAAGAUUUACUGAUGAAACGGGUUUUGAAGAUGUCAGAAAGGCAUUCAGGUCAAGCUGGCACUGGAGCAGGAAAUGAGGUAGACUCUCCUAUUGUCAAUGUCAAGGACUCCAGCUCUGGAGACUUGUGUUCCACAUCUUCAUUUCAAGAUAGUGGCUACAGUGAGCUGUUAAAAUCUUGCAGCUUUGAUAAUACAGAUAAAGAAUUUUUUGGAAAAAAAGAAAAAGGCUCAACAUUAAUCCAUGAACAUCCCGAAACUUCAAGCCUGGCCUUAACACCUAAUUUAGAGUCUCCAACUCAAAAAGUAAGAUUUGUCUUCCCUAGAAAGGAAAAGGAUAAAACUCCAGAACUUUGCGAAACUCCUAAAGUCAGUGGAAAAAAAUUUUUACUGCGCAGAAGAUUGGACAUAUCUUUCUCUUUUCUAAAGGGGGACUUUGAAUCACAAAAUAGUUCUCUUGAAAGUAGUAUAAGCCAAGUUCCCAAUUUAAACAAAAAUAUUCCAGGCACUGCUUCAGGUUUGUCAAGGCAAAAUAAUUUCAAUUCUUUAGUUAAUAGCACUUUGAAAACAGAAGAAGCAACUUCCAGCAGUCAAAAAUUGAGGCUUAAUUUUUCUCAACAGAAAACUUCCACAGUUGAUGAUUCCAAAGAUAAUGGUGGCCUAUUUGAAGUUGAAUGUAUAUCUCCAAUUCAGGGCAGUGGUUUUAAAGAUUCUUUCACACAUGACUUCAGUGAUAGCAGUCUAUGUGUUAACGAUGAGAAUACACAUCCCAAACUUCUGGGCUCCUCUGUUAGUGGAACAACAUAUGGAACAGAUGAGGACAUAUUUGUGACUCCAAUAAGUAAUCUUGUAGCAAAUAUUAAAUUUACCGUAAGUCAAAGGCUUACUCCUUCAACUGAAGUGAGACGCAACAUUUCAACACCCGAAGACAGUGGUUUUAACUCUCUUUGCUUAGAUAAAUCAGAAGAUUCCCUCUCUGAAGAAGAGGGUUCUUUUCAAGAACUACUUCAAAAACAUAAGGGAACUCUCAAAGUCGGGGACACUGUAAGGAAGUCAAGGCAUCUUGAAAGGUUGAGAAGACUGUCCACCCUUCGAGAGCAAAGCUCACAAUCAGAGACAGAAGAAGAACAGCUGGUCAACCACUCUGGUCCUGAAACAACACCAGUGGUGGCUUCAGACAGCUCAGAGAGUCAGCCAAGCAGUGAUAAUAAGAGUGAGGAUUUGAUUUUAAGCUUUCCAAAUUUAUCAAAGACCCCAGCUUUGCAAUUAAUGCAUGAGCUCUUUAUGAAAAGCAAAAGGAAAAGAUUCCAGCAAAAUGGUGCCCAUGAAUUGUUAGAAGAAAGGGACGGGGAGAGAAUAGCUGUACUACAGCAUGUACUUGCAGGACUGAUUGGCAAGAAAAUGGGUAUAGAAAAACUGGACAUCUUAACAGAAUUAAAAUGCAGAAAUUUAAAGCAUAUUCUUGCUAUGGUUUUGGACUCUUUGACUGUAGAAAGCCUAUGCAGUGUUUGGAAAGUGAGUAGAAAUUGGCGUGAAAUUAUUGUUCAAGAUAAAAAAGCAAAUCGGAGGAGGAAAUUUCAUAUCACACAACUGAAAACGGAUUCUGAGGGGGCUAUAUUAAAUGUUGAGGAUGCUGCCACUCGGCUCCAUCUUUUAAAUCGAUCAGCUUUAAGAUCUGUGCAAGCACAGGCUAGGACACCAGGUUUUCAGAGAGAACAAAUUUCAACAUUUUCUCCUUGGGGAGAAGUUUUGACACCCGUAGCAAGUUCUGCUGUUACUCCCUUAAGUAGUAAACAGGAAGAAUAUGUUAAGGUUGCCAAAACACUUUUUAUUGAUGAAGCAUUAAAACCUUGCCCAAGGUGCCAAUCCCCUGCUAAGUACCAGCCCUAUAAGAAAAGGGGACUGUGUAGUCGCACCGCCUGUGGUUUUGACUUUUGUGUGUUAUGUUUGUGUGCUUAUCAUGGGUCUGAAGAAUGUAGUAGAGGAGCAGCAAGGCCAAGAAAUAGAAAAGAUGCUCUUCCAGGAAGUGCCCAGAGUAAGCGGAACCUAAAACGCCUCUAAAGAGACUUUAAAUAUAAAAGAAGCAUCCUCCCCUAAGCAACUUUUGUUUGUCUGACUUAAAAUUAUGAAUAUUUUGAAAGCAUGCAAGUCUUCCCAUUAAUGACAGAUGAUGAUUUAUUUCCUAUUUUAUAUAUAUUCUAAUCCAUGUCAUUGUUUUCUUUCAAGUAGUGAGUUUUGGAAAUUUUAAUUUUACUAUGUCAUUUUUACUCAUUUUAAUAACUUAGUGUUUUUAAAUAAAGAAUUUUCAAUGUUAUCGUAUAUAUGUAUAUAACUGUUUUGUGUAACAUUAGAAGAUUGUGCAUUUCAUCACCCUAUGUUGAAAUGUUCUUCAGUCACUUUUAAAAAAUAAUUUUCCGAAUAAUUUUUAAAAUUUUGAACUUGAGACAGAUGGCUUUUGCAGAUUUUGAAAUCUUUGACUAUUUGACUGAAAUGAAAUAUAAAUAAAAUGUUUUCAGAAGUUCUGUUGAAUUUACUCUGUAACCUCAAUCUUUCUCUUAAUUUAAU